AUGGAAAAGAACCUAUAUCAUGAGUCAUCUUAUGCUCCAUCAGCAUCCGAUCAUUCACCACAACUAGCAACAGAUAGUAUUUAUACAGCUUUACGCGCGAUGGAGUUUACAAAUGCUGAACGAAACGCAGAUCAUUCUAAUCCUUCUACUGUUUGGUCAACGCCAGUGAAAGGACAAUCAUCUCCAUCGAUUCCAUAUGCAUCGCCAGUGAUGUUUGGUGGAUCUUCAUNCCAGCCAACCUCGAGCCUCAGCAUUCCUCCAAAAUCAUGUUUUACGAAGUUUUGA